AUGGAAUCUGCAACACGGCAGAGACCGGAUAUGAUUUCGUUCUUCACAUUCUACUCGUAUAUCUCAAUUGUUGGACUUGCAUACACAGCCGUCGGCAUGAUCGGAUUUCUUUGCAACGUCACAACGGUUGUGAUGAUACUCAUCAACCGCGUUUUUCGCCUCUCCGCUUACACUAUAAUGGCGAACGUUGCGUUGGCUGACAGCAUUAUAAUGCUAAUUGCUGGCGUCGCUUGCGGAAUGGAUGUUAUGUGGCCGGAUAUGAAUGAGAAUAAUUCCUUUUCAUCGGUGAUAAACAAUGUAUCGCGUGAGGCUCAAGCACGGAAUGACACCUUCAUCAUUAAUCGAUUCGGUGAAACAACACACUCUGUACUCUCCUUCAUGUUUGUUGCUGCCUGGACUGCUGGAGUGAUAAGUUAUGCAAUGCUUGGUGUCAAUCGAUGUAUUGCCAUUUGUUAUUACGGUACUAAAGCUAGGACAUUGAAUCGGGUGUCUGUCGCAAUCGUUUUUUCUGUGAGCACCUGGAUAAUUGGAAUUGGUGCAGCCAUGGUUGGCACCAUGUCAUCCCCGAGAAUUGGCAUACAACGGUCAAUGUGGACUGUCAGCUUCCUCGACGCAAAUCCUCAUCGAACGUUUUUCUUCUCGAUUCUUUGCGCUGCAAAUCUCCUUGGUCUUUUAACACAAUGGAUUUGUUCGUCGCUUGUUUUGCUCAAAAUCCGGCAAGUCAAGAAAAAGAUAAGCAAGAAUAAGCUCAAUCAAAAUUCGGCGAACCGAUUUAGAAAACAGGCGAGACUAACAUUUCAGUUCUUCUACCCUUCAAUUCUUUGCACAGUUUCAACAAUUUUGUUUUUCCUUAAACCAUAUUUGUCUUCAUCUUUAACUGGAUGGCAGUUCGUAUUGCUUCAUCUCGUUUGGCUAUGCAAUCACACAUGUAAUCCGUUCAUCUAUGCUUACUUCAAUGAUCGCAUGAGAAUGACAUAUAAGGAAAUUUUGACUUGUGCUGCAAUUCGCUACCAAAUUCGAAAGCACCGAACAAGACAUCCCUUCAGAUCGAAGGGUCGACACAAUGUAUCAAGACGCUCAAACGCAGCUGGAAUGAAGUCAACACGGAUAUCGGCAAGAUCGGGACGAUCAAACCGAGACGGAAACUUCGUGAGAAAUUCGCUUCAAAUGCAGAGUCGCGAUUUCGAACAGCUUUGCGAAUUCAUCAUGCGAGUAAAUCCGCUCUACGAUUCAAGCGAAGGUUGGCGAGAAAGCAGCGAUGACGAACCUUUCCAGCCAGAAUUCACCAAAGAGAUGGAGUCAAUUCGUGAAAUUUCUUCGAGAUACGAGGAACGAGAGGCAAAAUCGAUUGUGCUCGACUUGGGAAGACAAACUGUCGAGCAUUGGGUUAUUCCGGUCUGGCUGUUCCGGUUAUUCCGGUUUUUCCGUUCCGGUUGCUCCGGUUUAUCCGGUUAUUCCGUUCCGGUUGUUCCGGUUGCUCCGGUUCUCCGGUUAUUCCGUUCCGGUUAUUCCGGUAGCUCCGGUUUUCCAGUUAUUCCGGUUGUUCCGGUCUGGUUGUUCCGGUUCUCCGGUUUUCCAGUUAUUCCGGUUUUUCCGUUCCAGUUGUUCCGGUUGUUCCGGUUAUUCCGGUAUUUCCAUUCCAGUUGUACCGGUUGUUCCGGUUAUUUCGUUGCAGUUAUUCCGGUUGUUCCGGUUAUUCCGGUUGCUCCGGUUGUUCUGGUGUCUCCGGUUUUCCGGUUAUUCCGGUUUUCCGGUUUUCCGGUUAUUCCGGUUUUCGGGUUUUUCCGUUCCUGUUAUUCCGGUCGCUCUGGUUCUCCGGUUUAUCCAGGUUAUUCCGGUCUGGUUGUUCCGGUUAUUCCGGUUUUUCCGUUCCGGUUGCUCCGUUAUUUCGAUUAUUCCGUUCCGGUUGCUCCGGUUUAUCCGGUUGUUCCGGUUUUUCCGUUCCGGUUCUCCGGUUAUUCCGUUCCGGUUGUUCCGGUUGUUCCGGUUGUUCCGGUUAUUCCGGUUGUUCCGGUUGCUCCGGUUUCUGCGGUUAUUCCGGUCUGGUUAUUCCGGUUCUCCGGUUAUUCAGUUCCGGUUGUUCCGGUUCUCCGGUUUUCCAGUUAUUCCGGUUUUUCCGUUCCAGUUGUUCCGGUUGUUCCGGUUAUUCCGGUUUUCCGGUUUUCCGGUUAUUCCGGUUAUUCCGGUCUGGUUGUUCCGGUUAUUCCGGUUUUUCCGUUCCGGUUGCUCCGGUUUAUCCGGUUAUUCCGUUCCGGUUGUUCCGGUUGCUCCGGUUUUCCAGUUAUUCCGAUUAUUCCGGUCUGGUUGUUCCGGUUCUCCGGUUUUCCAGUUAUUCCGGUUUUUCCGUUCCGGUUCUCCGGUUAUUCCGUUCCGGUUGCUCCGGUUUAUCCGGUUAUUCCGUUCCGGUUGUUCCGGUUUUUCCGUUCCGGUUCUCCGGUGUUUCCGUUCCGGUUGCUCCGGUUUAUUCGGUUAUUCCGUUCCGGUUGUUCCGGUUGUUCCGGUUGCUCCGGUUAUUCCGUUCCGGUUGUUCCGGUUGCUCCGAUUGUUCCGGUUUCUCCGGUUUUCCGGUUUUCCGUUCCGGUUGUUCCGGUUGCUCCGGUUCUCCGGGUUCUCCGGUUAUUCCGUUCCGGUUGCUCCGGUUUAUCCGGUUAUUCCGUUCCGGUUGUUCCGGUUUUUCCGUUCCGGUUCUCCGGUGUUUCCGUUCCGGUUGCUCCGGUUUAUUCGGUUAUUCCGUUCCGGUUGUUCCGGUUGUUCCGGUUGCUCCGGUUAUUCCGUUCCGGUUAUUCCGGUUGCUCCGAUUUUUCCGGUUUCUCCGUUAUUCCAGUUUUUCCGGUCUGGUUGUUCCGGUUGCUCCGGUUUUCCGGUUAUUCCGGUCAUUCCGGUUAUUCCGGUUAUUCCGGUUUUUCCGUUCCGGUUGUUCCGGUUGUUCCGGUUAUUCCGGUUGUUCCGGUUGCUCCGGUUCUCCGGUUAUUCCGUUCCGGUUGCUCCGGUUUAUCCGGUUAUUCCGUUCCGGUUGUUCCGGUUUUUCCGUUCCGGUUUUCCGGUUUUCCGUUCCGGUUGUUCCGGUUGCUCCGGUUCUCCGGUUUUCCAGUUAUUCCAGUUUUUCCGGUCUGGUUGUUCCGGUUGCUCCGGUUUUCCGGUUAUUCCGGUCAUUCCGGUUAUUCCGGUUAUUCCGGUUUUUCCGUUCCAGUUGUUCCGGUUGUUCCGGUUGUUCCGGGUAUUCCGGUUGUUCCGGUUGCUCCGGUUUCUGCGGUUAUUCCGGUCUGGCUGUUCCGAUUUUCCGGUUAUUCCGGUUAA